AUGGGAGCUGGACCAUCCAAAACUUUAGCUAAAGCUUCCAAAGCAGCAUCUUUAUCCGCCUCAAAUACUGCACGCAAAUACCCAACUCGAAGUCCACCUCCUUCAUCUCCUCGCACAAAUGUAGAACCAAAUCGACCAAGUCCCACAGCAAAAUUAGGACCAACUGUUCAUCCUGAAACAAGUACCUCAUCCAUAAGAGAUCAAUCAAUAAACCUUGACGCCUCGGAUCCAGAUAUUGGUCUCAACUCUCGUCUUCGGGAACUCGGUCCCGUUCAACCAUCACCGACCCAAUCCAAUUCCUCCACAUUCAAUCAAACCUCAGCUCAAGAUGCUUCUACACCCGGUGCCAACUUCAUCCCUUCCGCUUCUGCACCUUUGCAAUCGAUAUAUCCAACUGCGACUAAUCCUGCGAUUUCACUCCUCGCUGCGAGAUAUAGAAUAGCAGAAGAGGCAGAGAAAGAUUUCGAGACAAUUGGUAGAAAGGGCUCUGAGGGAAGGAAAUAUUUGGAUGUCGCAACAAUUCGAACGGUGUUGGUCUACAGAGCAGAGGGUAUGCCUGAUGCAGAAAUUGAGAGAAGAUUGGAAAUAAAGAGUGGAAUGGUAAAGAGUUUGGGGGGUAGGGUUGUUAGUGUGACAGGAUUAUAA